GUGACCAACCGGAACCGGCAUGUUUACGCUCUGCAUCGCGAAGCGCAGUGGUCGCUCCAGCGGCUCCACAACCCGAAAGACAAACGGUACAAAGCAGAAGGUGCUGGCCUCUUUGUGCGCUACUUCGAGGACCACACUGGCACCUUGGCCAUUGAAGCACAGAAUGCACGGCUAAUCUCCGCUUUGCUGCGCAUGAUUGUGAUGACUUCGAUGCCACCAUGUAAGGGAGCUGAGAAGGGGCGCAAGUUUGAGCAUCCAGGUUUCGAGCAGGUGGUCAUGGAAUAUUUGGAUCACAACGAAGCUAAGCUUCUUCAGAACUUGUUUGACAUCAACCCGCCGAUGGACUGGAGAGAGAAGCGAGCCAUCACCAAGUAUUGUGUGGAGAGCCUGGUGUACCUCUCCAAGUUCAACGCAUUGCAUCGGGACUUCCGAGGCUGCAACAUCUUCCUUGUGGGUCGCGGGAAGGGCUGCAAGAUAAAGGUCAUCGACCUCGGCUUCAUGAUCUGUGCAGAUGACUGGCAGGCCAAGAAUCCCAACGUUGCAGUCCGCUGUGCGUGGCAGGGUAUCACCAAGGAUCAGCGCAUCCGCUUCGACUGGGCGCCGCCAGAGGUGCGAACGAAAGAGCUGCGGAACUUCGGGCUGCCUGCGUCCUCCUUCGACGUCUUCUCACUGGGCAUCCUUCUGAUGAAGGUGAUGCGCGGCCGGAGAUGGACGCAGGAUGCUCACGUGCACAUGAUGCAAUGA